AUGGUUACUGGAAUAACUGACAGUCAGAUGAAAUAUCUCCAGGCGACUAAUCAUACUUUAAUUCCAAUGAAAUUUACAAACACUACUAAUAGUGGUGACUUAUUAAAACAUACUACAAUAUUUCAACAUGUAAUCGGUGGAUCAUGGAUGUUUAAAAUGACUUCAGAUAAUUCAAACAAUAUGCUUAAUAAUAAUAAUAAUAAUAGAUGUAGUAAUAUUUCAAAACCUGGUGUAGCGAUUAUUUUUAUGUGUAAAAAUAGAUGGCCUCAACUUUAUGUCACCUUAUCGACUGUUAUACCACUGCUACAAAGACAACAAUUAUGCUAUCGUAUAUUUAUCAUUGAACCCAUUGAGCAUGGUUUGUUUAAUCGGGGUAAAUUAAUAAAUAUUGGUUUUAUAGAAGCGAGAAAAUACUUCCAAUUUAAUUGUGUUGUACUACAUGAUGCAGAUUUAGCACCAUUAGACGAUCGUAUUCCAUAUGGUUGUGAUGAACUAGUGAAAAAAAUGGCAGUACAUUUAAGUGUUGGCAGAAGUAUAGAAAAUUUUACACUCAUCUACCCACGGUAUAUUGGCGGGGUACUGAAAAUUUCCAAUGAACACUUUAUCAGAGCUAAUGGAUUUUCAAAUUAUUAUUGGGGUUGGGGUUCAGAAGAUGAUGAUUUUGAAAUACGCUUGAGAUCUACAAAUAUUAAUUAUAUACAUUUUAAGCCUUCGAUUGCUAGAUACAUGUCAGUUCCACACACUAUUCAGUCUCGUGAUCGUAUUAAAUACAACCGAAAACUUUUAGAUAAUGCUAAAACUCGAAUAAAGAAAGAUGGAUUAAAUAGUUUGAAGUACAAAGUGAUCAAUAUAUCCAAUGAGUAUUAUUUUACACAUAUCUUUGUGUCAGUCAAGAGAACAGGAGUCAACCAAACUCAGAGGUCAAAUGCAUCACAAAUUUUCGACGAUUGA